CUAAAUGUCACGCUAAACUUGUUACAGCUGUUUUACUCUAGAGUAGAAGCAAUGGAGAUUCCAAUAUUUACAGUUGAUUCUUUUACUAAUUUACCAUUCAAAGGUAAUCCUGCAGCAGUAUGUCUUAUAGAGAAUGAGCUGCGAGAUGAUCUUUAUCAGAGCAUUGCUGCUGAGAUGAAUUUAUCAGAGACCGCUUUCAUCACAAGACGGAAAUCUAUGGAUUACUCCUCAGGUGCAAGGUUUGGAUUACGCUGGUUUACUCCCACAUGUGAGAUGCCACUUUGUGGACAUGCAACCCUGGCCUCAGCAGCAGUGCUCUUUUACAUGAAAAAAAAUGUCAACCCUGUACUGGUGUUUGAGACGUUGAGUGGGGAGCUUUAUGUGCGUCAGCAUGAAGAAUCUCUAAUAAUGGACUUUCCCUUAAACAAACCAAAGCCCCAGGAUCAACAUGAAAUCAAGAAUCUUUUGAAAGCUGUAGUAGGAGAUGUACCCAUUCAGGAUGUGUGCUACAAUCCAACCACAAGGAACCUGAUGAUUCGUCUUGCUGACACAUGCGACAGAUCUGAACUUACAUCUUUGAAGCCUGAAGCAGAAUCCCUGCUGAAAAAUGAAUCUACUGGGAAAAUUAAAGGUGUCAUUGUUACAAUGAAGGGAGCUCCGACUGCACAACCUGGAUAUGACUUCUAUUCCCGUUACUUUUCUCCUUGGUUAGGGGUCCUUGAAGAUCCAGUCUGUGGGUCUGCGCAUACAGUUCUUGCUGCCUACUGGUCUGAAAAGCUGAACAAAAAGAAAAUGUUGGCAUACCAGUGCUCCAGUCGUGGGGGAGAGUUGGGGCUGGAGAUCAGGGAUGAUGGUCGACUCAACAUCAUUGGUAAUCCUGCUGCAGUAUGUCUCGUAGAGAAUGAGCUGCGAGAUGAUCUUUAUCAGAGCAUUGCUGCUGAGAUGAAUUUAUCAGAGACUGCUUUCAUCACAAGACGGAAUUCUAUGGAUUUUUCUUCAGGUGCAAGGUUUGGAUUACGCUGGUUUACUCCCACAACUGAGGUCCCACUUUGUGGACAUGCAACCCUGGCCUCAGCAGCAGUGCUCUUUUACAUGAAAAAAAAUGUCAACCCUGUACUGGUGUUUGAGACGUUGAGUGGGGAGCUUUAUGUGCGUCAGCAUGAAGAAUCUCUAAUAAUGGACUUUCCCUUAAACAAACCAAAGCCCCAGGAUCAACAUGAAAUCAAGGAUCUUUUGAAAGCUGUAGUAGGAGAUGUACCCAUUCAGGAUGUGUGCUACAAUCCAACCACAAGGAACCUGAUGAUUCGUCUUGCUGACACAUGCGACAGAUCUGAACUUACAUCUUUGAAGCCUGAAGCAGAAUCCCUGCUGAAAAAUGAAUCUACUGGGAAAAUGAAUGGUGUCAUUGUUACAAUGAAGGGAGCUCCGACCGCACAACCUGGAUAUGACUUCUAUUCCCGUUAUUUUGCACCUUGGUUAGGGGUCCUUGAAGAUCCAGUCUGUGGGUCUGCGCAUACAGUUCUUGCUGCCUACUGGUCUGAAAAGCUGAACAAAAAGAAAAUGUUGGCAUACCAGUGCUCCAGUCGUGGGGGAGAGUUGGGGCUGGAGAUCAGGGAUGAUGGUCGACUCAACAUCAUUGGUCAGGCACAGAUCAUUCUCCAGGGAACUCUUAAAAUCUAGACAACCUGCAAAUCCUUCUCACUGAAUGUGUUAAGCUUAAUGGAAAUAAGUCCAUUUUCUUUCUUAAAGAUCUGCAAACUGAUGUUUCGUUCACUGAAUGGACAAAUGUGGUUACUUG